GACAAGAGGUGUUGUGGAGGGUAGAGAAACAUGCACCACGCCAGAAGAUCAAAGCCUUCCUGUUCCUCAGAUUUAAGUUGGGAUUCAGAAGAAAGAAUGAGUGGAAUGGAGGUUGUUUGACGUGAUUUUUGCAUGCAAUUCGUAAUCUGUUUUGUUGGUGACAUGCAUUGCAGGUUACGUGAUUAAGAGAGUGAUUAAUGUAAUUACAAUUUACAUGCAUACAAACAUCAAACGUACACAUAAAAUGUUGGAUCCGGUGGACGUGGAUAUUGCAGAUUCUGAUUUUCUCACCAACCAAUCAGAUCCAGUUGACUCUUCCGACUCCGACAGUGAUAAUUACUGCUUGGCUUUUACAUGCAAGAACCGAUUGUUUGGUCGCCAGAAGCCUCUUCAUGUUGUCCUCGGCGCUGGUGUAUCUGCUGAUAUUAUACUUUGGAGAAAUAAGCAGAUCUCAGCCUACAUUUUUAUGGGUGCAACACUCACUUGGCUUCUCUUUGAGAGAUUAGGUUAUAAUUUGGUUGCGUUUCUUUGCCACACUUCAUUGCUCUCCUUGACAGCCUUCUUCUUGUGGUCCAACUUUGGUUCCUUCAUCCAUGUGUCUGCACCAGAAAUUCCAGAGAUUGUAGUACCACAGCACCUGUUUAUGAGGACUGCUAUUUCCUUAACAACUACAUAUAAUCAAGCGUUAAGAUCAUUUGGGCAUGUAGUUUUUGGGAGAGACGUAAGAGAUUUCCUCGCGGUGGCGUCGACUUUGUGGGUUCUCUCUGUCAUCGGAAGCUGGUGCACUUUCUUAAGCUUCCUUUACUUAGUGUUUGUCAUACUGAUGAUAGUGCCGACGUUGUACGAUAAUCUUGAGGAUAGCGUGGACAGCAUUGCAGAGAAAGCACUGAUUGAAAUAAAGAAGCAGUAUGCAGUGUUGGAUGAAACAGUCCUUCAGAAACUCAGAAAGAAAGUAAUUUCUAACAAGAACAGAAAGCAACCCUAAAUAUUUGCCUGCCUGCCUAUUUUUGAAGUUCUGCUGGACUCUUCCUCUUCAUAUAGUCGGUACAGUUCAUAUUCCGUUCUUGCUGGUUUCGUUCCCUCGGGUUUUUC